AUGGCCACUAGUGCUGGGCAGCAGGAGAAUGUCGUCACUGUCAAUGACGGUACUGUUCCGGACAAAGUAGACGAUGGCGGCUGCCUAGACGGUUUCCGCGUACAGGAAGAUAUCGCCGCCAUCCAGCAGCGCCUGGAAAGUCUAAAGAGAAGGCACAAUGAGGAUCUCGAGGGGUCCAGCGACGACGAGGGGUCCAAGUCUCAGAAGAUGUCGACUCAAGACAUGGAUGCUUGGCUCGAAAGGCUUAAGGACAACUCGUACCAGAUAGUCAAAGAAGACUCUAACAAGCGACGUCAGGCGCAGUCUGCAUCUAAGCCCUUCUUCAUUCGAUCAAGAGCCGGCCGAGACCACCAGUCUCUCGCGCCACUCAUCUUCUUGGACGUGAGGAGCCCAGCUGUGAUAGCGGGCGUGGCAGACGCCUUCCGAGACGUUCCCGAGCUCGAAAUCAAGCCACACCUGUCAAGAAUCUUGGUAACUAAACCCAGACCCUUCCAAUCCGCCCCGUCAGCCUCUGCUGGUACUUGUCGGUGCUGGCCCGAGACCGGAAAUGACAAUUCGUUGGGAAUUCCUUUGGCUGCUUUUCGAGCCCGGCACCCCCGUCUACUCCAUUUGCACGGCGUUUACGCCAAUCUUCGGACGACCUACAUCAAUUGCGACCCCGACGGCAAGGUCGGCUACUCCAACAAGGUGCUCGACAUCUCCUUCUUUUCUGGGGAGAAAGAUAUCGAUGCGCUCGAGGCCUAUCCCUUGUCGUACCAUCCCGACUCUGACAAGGCCCGUACGGCCGUCAUCGAUUCAGGACGCAGAUUUGCUUCUUUUUGGAAGGACGGGCACGAGUUUUGCCAGAAACAAUACCGCGGCAAGGCCUUCUACUUAGCCCGCAAUGACUUUAUUAUUAUUGACUUGGACACGAUGCCAAACGAGCGGGCUCGGCGCAUCGUGAUCGACCCGUCCAGUUUCAUGAAGUACCGACCUUCGGAAUCCAUUCCUGACGUGAAGGUCGGUACAGACGACUUGACAUGGGAAGGGCUCAGCUAUGACAACUAUCUAGUUUGCUGUGGGACGACAUAUGCUUUCCUCGUCACUACCCAGAAAUUCGCCCAUGUUGCCGUCAGCAAUAUCACCGACAUCGAGUGGGACACGGAGGCUUCGCUCGAGAACGACGUCAUCAUCUCCGAGCAAUCAAGAACCUUCAUCUCGGCAUUCGCAAGAGCUGCCCUCGUGCCGCGAGAGACCGAGCCCACCUCCGUGCUGGCCUCGUAUGGCAACGGCCGCACCGUGGUGCUGUACGGGCCCAGUGGUGUGGGCAAGACGUCUUCCGCAGUCACGCUGGCGGAGGAACACCGGGUGGUGCUCAUCAAGCCUGCUAACCCGACGGACGGCCCCCAGUUGGAGCCAUCGCUCUACGGCGAUCCUGAGGUCCUCAAGAGCUCUGUGCAGAGGCUCUGUUAUCUGUCCAGCCGCUGGCGCGUCAUCUUCCUCGAUUCUAUUUAUAUUGUUUGA